CGGCGCGCCGCUCUCCGCGGCCUCGGCGCGCCGCGCGAGGCGUGCAGGGCACGGCCGCCCGCCCAGCAUGGAGCCGGCCCAGGCGCAGCGCCGCUGGGUGGGCGAGCAUGGCGAGCAGCAGGUUGGCGCGCAGUUUGCUCCUCCGCCGGUGGCCGCGCAGAGGGUGAGUGCGGAGCACCGCGCCCGUUUCCGCGCGCAGUUCCGGAAGUCGGAGCUCUGCAGGUUCUACCCCACGUCCUGCAACCGCGGGGAUGGGUGCAACUUCGCGCACAGCCCCGAGGAGCUGCACCGCGCCCCGGACCUGACGAAGACCUCGAUCUGCAGGGCCUGGAAGGCGGGGCACUGCCCCAUGGACCUGAGCGAGUGCUCCUUCGCGCACGGCUACGACGAUCUGCGCGUCACGACCGUCUUCCUGAAGUCUGCGCCCUGCAAGAUGUUCCUGCAGCGUGGCCGCUGCGACCUUGGCUCGUCCUGCCGGCACGCCCACAACUUCGCCGAGCUGCGGUCCGCCCAGAGCCUCAUGGACCGCCCGACCAGCUACGCGAGGGAGGUGGCGCCGACGGGCCGCCCCGAGCAGGACCCGCGGGCCGAGCGGCUGCGCAACCCGAGGGGGGCGCCGUCGGGGCCCGCCGCGCGGCCGCAGCACCUCGGGGGCGUCGCGAAGCCGAGCCAGCGGCAGGGCCGGCUCCAGGACCUGACGCGGCCCCCCGCGUGUCGCUCGAGGGCCGCCACGUGCGCGACGCCGCCGCGUCCGCCUCCUGCUCCAGCGCGGCGUCCGAGGGCGGCGGUGACCCGGCUGCGUGCCCCUCCGACGGCACCCUGGCGAGCACGGCCAGCAGCCUGCCGCAGUGGGAGAGGCCGGCGUGAAGAGCGGCUGGGGGGCGGAAGAGCUCUCGGCGCUGCAGGCGCAGAGCUGGGCGCCCGAGGUCGCGGACGCGCCGCCAGGGCCCGAGCGCCAGGGCCUGGCGCCAGAGCCGGCGCCGGUGCCGAGUUCGCGCGGGGGUCUGGGCAACACGCUGCGCAGAUUCUCCCUGCCACACGGCAGCGGCAGCCUCGCAGCCGCGCCGAUCACCAUGAGCUUCUGAAGGUGCCGCGUCGCGGCGUCCGCGCGCUGGCACGUCGCGCGGCGCGCGGUGCGGGGAUGCCGCCGCGGACGCGUGCGCCGCCGCGGCUGCUCCGGGGGUGGG